CUUUUAAUGGCAAACAAGCUCUCGCUUAAAGAGGAGGGGAUGAAUAUAUUGCCAAUAUAAGCACUUUACACAUUAUUUGAAUAUUUAAACCAGAGAUAAACUAAGGAAAAUGGUUACUUCUAAGUGGCUUAUGCGGUUAACGAGACAUUGCAGCAGCUGGAGUAUAGCACAACGGCAGAUUCAACGGACGCAGACAUGGGUUUCACAACAAACGUUUGCAGAAUACCAGCAAUCAUUACCGAUCAUCUUAGACAAGGGUCUGGCUGACUUCAACUUUAGUCCGGAAUUAUGUGACAGAUUAAAAAAGUUCACAGCUUACAAUGUGGGGUCGGGGAAGCAAAUUCGAGGUCUAUUGACAAUGGCAGCUUGUGAAGCACUUAUGCAGCCGGAACAGAAUGAAGAAUUACGUGAAAAAAUGUACGUUUUGGCGUGGGCUGCAGAAAUGUUACAUGCCUUUUUUUUGGUAACUGACGAUAUGGAAGAUGGUGCUAAGACCCGCCACGGGCAGACAUGCUGGCAUCUUUUGCCUGACGUAGGCAAGUACGCGGUCACUGACACUGGGAUGUUCCGCAGCUUUUUGAGUGAAAUAUUAAGGGUAUACUUUGGAAAAGAAGCCGUUUAUCCCAAACUUGUGAAUAUAUUUAAUGAGACCUAUUUCAAGACACAUAUUGGACAAUUUAUCGAUUCUACAUUGUGUUCGAACAGACAAUAUUUGAGUUUUACAACGGAACAAUAUGCCCUAGUCUCUGCAUAUAAGACAUCAUUCUAUACCUUCCAAUUUCCUGUUCUAUUGGGUCUUGCUUUGAACAAUAAGUAUAGUGAUAAAGCUUACAAGAUCGUGGAAUCUAUAGGUUCUGACGUUGGAUUACUGUUACAAAUGAAGAAUGACUAUUUAGAUUUAUAUGGUGAUGAGAUAGUUGAAGGAAAGACUGGCACCGAUAUCCAAGAGGGCAAAUGUUCAUUGCCCGCCGUAACAGCUGUAAAACUCUCCAAUGAACACCAGAAGAAUAUAUUCUUUGAAAACUACGGGAGAUGGGAAGACAAAUGUGUGAACGAAAUAAGAAUUCUAUACAAUGAUUUACAACUAAAAAAGAUCUGUGUUGAUGAAGAGAAGAAACUCUACAAUUCUAUUUCUAAGCGAAUUAAUAAUUUACCAAAAGAUUCUAUACCGCCUGCUCAUUUAUUUGCGAAAGUCAGCACUAUAUGUAAACAAUCUGAUAUUUUAACCAACUUAAACAAUGAAUUUCCAUAUUAUCUACCAAAAAUUAUUAAAACAUCUCUUACCAAGAAAAAAUACGCAGAUAAUAUAGAGAUCAAGGAACGAAUUAAGAAUCUAUCUGAGUAUCACACUCUUGCCAGAGAACCUAUACAGGGCAGACUUACAUUUCUUGCUUUCGAUGCGCUUGCCGAAUCCAAAGAUUUGACAGAGGAGAAAUUACAUCAAGUACAAGUUUUAGCAUGGGCUGUUGAAUUGAUACAAUCAUAUUUCCUUAUCGGAGAUGACAUGGAAGACAGUUCUGAGACUCGUUGUGGUAAGCCUACAUGGCAUUAAUUGCCAGAUGUCGGCUUAUUAGCAAUAAACGACGCAAGCUUGUUGCGUAGUUUUAUCUACGAAAUGAUCAAAAAUAACUUUGAUCGGAAUACAUCAACGAAGAUGGAAAAUAUUGUUAACGAGGCAUUCUUCACGAUAAAUAUUGGCCAAUACAUGGAUAUUAUGAUGUCAAAAUCUAAAGAUUUAAACAAGUUUACUGUGGAACAGUAUAAUAUUUUAAACGAUCACAAAUCAUCAUUUUACACUGUAAAAUUACCGAUACUCCUGGCUUUAGAACUCUGCAACAAAGUUAAUCAAGAUUCAUACGAGAAUAUAGAAAAAAUCUGCACGGACUUAGGUAUACUUCUACAAAUGCAGAACGAUGUAAUGGACUACAUUGAUCGAGAUUCUUCGGCAGUUAAAACGAGUUCUGAUAUUCAGAAGAAUAAGUGUUCUUGGCCUGCGGUGGCGGCUUUACAACAUUUAAAUGUAGAACAACGAAGAGAAUUCAUGACCUGUUACGGACGAUGGGAAAACGAGAAAGUUGAACGUGUAAGGGAGUUUUACAAAGAAAUUAAUUUACCACAUCUUUAUCGUCUUGAAGAACAGAAGAUAAGUGCAGCAGUUUUACAGAAGAU